AAGGAUGUCCAUGCUUGAUCGAGCGAGUACGGUAGCUCGACCGAUUGUUAAUAGCGUCAUUGAGAUCGUUGUUUCUGUUGAAGCGUAAUAUUUAUAUUCAGUGAAGCUCUUGGAAGGGACUUUACAUUUUGGUAGAAGUAUUACCCGCGGACGGGAUACAUUUAUGAGCAUGAGGCGCAAGAGUGACAGAAAUAAAGCUAAAGCAACACCAGAAAAAAAAGUUGAAAAACCAACAAGAAAAUCAACUCGCAGGCGUGGAAAACAUUCACUAUCUACAUCACCUGAGAAGGAUAAUGUUGAAGCAACUACAGUGGGUGCUACUUGUACAAAAGAAACUGAAAAGUCUCAGGUACAGACAUGUCUUCAGAAUAAGGAAUUAGAGCAGGUAUCAGAUAGCCAUGAAGAAAAAGUUUCAUCCACUGAAGGUGAUAUCAAGGCACAAUCACCAGAGGUCGAGGAGGACAAUAACGGUGAUUCUGUUUGGAAAGUGGCAAGAGCCGAUGCAUCCCCCGGCGAAAUACAAAAAUUGAAGUUGUGCAGACAACGUAAUACAUCAGAAGCAUCAUCGGAUGCCUCUUUAAGUAGGAAAAAGUCGAACAAGUGGCAAGAAAGUGGUGAGGGAGGUGCAGGGGAGGUUGACUCGGCAGAUGAGCAGCUGGUAUCUUGUACAAGAAUGUCCAGUGGCAUUGAACAGCCGUAUGAUCCCUCCUCUUCAUACCCAGGUCAGGACUCCAACGAAGAGGUAAGUGAUAGCAAGGAGAUCCUGCCUGAAACCACUUCAGCCAACUUGUCUGACGAUAAACCAAACAUAGAUCAGCAAGGUGAUUCAAAUGAGGCUAGUUGUUCCAACCAAAAUCUUCAUAGCGAGCCCAGUAAGCCAAGUAGUACAACCACUCCGGUUCUUAAUUCAAACGGCGAUCAUAUAUCAGAGGAAAUAGUAGCUGAUAUUCCUAAGGAAGACCAGCCUGAGGAAACCAUUGAGCAGAAACCACCUGAAGUAUUUGACAAAGAAGCCAGCGUUGAAAAUGUCUGUAAGGAAGCUAGUACCGAUGACGAAGAAGAAGACAAACGGAAAAUACAUAAAUCAGAUUCAUCGUCUGAAUCAAAUGAUGAGAAACAUACUAAAAUCGAUUGCAGUAGCAACAGAACAGCAUCGCGUGCUAGUCGCAGAAAGCAUAGAAAUAAAUAUAGAGAUUCCUCUAAUUCUGAAACGCCUGAUUCCGAAGAUGAACAGCCUGCUGAAAGGAAAAUCGAAGAAUCUUUUACUCACAAAGAAAAAUCAAAUACAAUAGAUAUAUGUGAAGAAAAAGAUAAAUCAAGAUCUCCAGAACCAAAAUCUAAUCCUCUAUUAAAUAACAUCAAUGUCGAAGUUGAACAUUCCGAAAUGACUAAACCAAAAGCUGAGAAUGAAACUGAAAAGCAGGAGCACGUUCCAUCGGCUGAUUUGCAAGUUCAGGCAUCAAUGCAAAAACCUGCGAAAGUUAAUUUGAAAAGAUCAUUUUCAGCACGAAUAUUGGCUGACAAAAAUGAUACAAAAAAAGAUGAUACUGAUUCAAAUGCUAAUAACGAGUCCAAUAAUCAAACUAAGGAAAAUCACAAUAACGAAGAUAAUGAGUUUAAAUCCGUACCAAGAAAGCGAAGAUGGGGAACUGCAUUGUCUACGGAUAGCGCACCGUCUUUUUCGAUUUCAACGGACUCUCUCAAGGCACUAGUGCCAGGUGCAAAACCAUUAUCUAUCAAUGAAGUACGUUUGUCGAAAGAUGAUGACGAUGAAAGAGAUCAAAAGGAUAAUGAAAAAUGGCUUAACGAUGAUAUCAAUGAUCAAAAGCCGAAAGAUAUUCUUGCGCAGAAGAAUGGUGCUGCAAAAAAAGGAGAUGGAAAAGUUGACAAUCAUAUAGCAGCAAGGCGGAAGAUUUCCAUCGUGAAAGAACCUCCGCAUGUGAAGUCACCCAGUCCACCAGCGACAAAGCCUACAAAUAUUCUUUUGAUAAAAAAUCUGGUUCGUCCGUUUACUUUGAAUCAAAUUAAAGAACUCCUUUCUCGUACUGGUACGAUCGUUGAAAACGGAUUUUGGAUGGAUAGAAUUAAAUCUAAAUGUUUUGUAGAGUAUGCCAAUGAGGAUCAAGCAUUUGAAACAAGGCAAGCGUUACAUGGUAUAUCUUGGCCCGUGUCAAAUCCGAAAAGACUUCAUGUUGAAUAUGCAACUAAGGAUGAUAUGGAAUUGGCCAGAGAAUUAUCGAAAGAUCAACCUGUUUCACGUAAGACGGAACAACUUUUAACGGCAGAUUCCUGGCAACAAGAUUGGAAUCGCGAAGAGAGAACAAAUUCGGCGAAGGUGGUCGUUGUUAGAGAAUGGGAUUUGGGUAAAGAGGAUGGGCAACAGCAUGUUAAAGAAAAAGAACGAGACAAGAAAGAGCAAGAUAAGAAAAGAAGAAGAAGUCGGAGUCCCGCAUUGGAAGCACAUCUUCCAGCUCCUGCAAGGAAAUUUAAAAAGAAGGAGGAUGAUCCACCGCCGGCUAAACUUUUAGACGAUCUUUUCAGAAAAACAAAGGCGACACCAUGCAUAUAUUGGUUACCACUUACGAACGAACAGAUAGUAGUAAAGGAAGAAAUGCGAAGACAGCAUAUGGCCGAGCACGCACGCAGAUUAGAAGAGAUGAGACGUACUGAAAGAAGCAGAGACAGCCGACGCCGUCGUAGUCCAAGAAAAUAGAAAAUUUGCAGAUCGCCAUUUCCGAUAAACGUACCUUUUUCCUGACGUAAACAAAAACGUACUUUGACGAACUUGCAUACAGGACAUUUUUACAGUUAUCGAUCGAGAAAAAAAAAAAAAGAAAAAGAAAAGAAUAAUUUCAGGAACUGACAGUUCAUAUUCAUCGAAUUUACAUUUUAUUUUGUCACUUGUGUUAUUAAGAUUCAUUUUUAUUUAAUUUGUUUGAAAAUCUAUAACGAUGCUGCUGCACUAGUGUUUUAAUAUUAUUUGUUAAAUGUUAUUCUUUCUCUUUGAAAACAAGUCACAAAAUAAUCUUAUUAUUGUAUGCAUUACUUGGAUCUUUUUUUUUUUAUUUUAUUUUUUUUAUUUUUUUUUUUUUUUUUUUUUUAAGAUUACUGGGAUUACUGGGAACGAUUAUUAAUUUUUCAUUUCGAUUCAUUUAACGACAGUGAAAGAGUUUCCUCUUGCAUGAUGACGCUCCAUAAUUUCCUUCGUUCCUUGACACCUCAGCUUUGAGCAUUAAACCUUACUUCUUACAGGUCAACAACAUUUACUAUUCGACAGAGUGGCGGUAACAAUAGAACAGAUUCGAUAGUGUGGCACUGUGUUUUGAUCAUCUGUACAGGACAGGCACUGCAUCAUUUUCUCUGCAAAAUGCAUCGUAUAAAUACGAUGCAAUAAAAACUAUAUUACUCGUAAUGCUGCACAUCACGAGUAUACACACACACAACGUGGGAAUCGUAAGAGAAUAUAAAGAGAGGGAGAGGGAGAGGGAGGGAGAGAGAGAGAGAGUGAGAGUGAGAGAGAGCGAGAGAGAGGGAGAGAGAGAGGGUGGGAGAGGGAGGGAGAGAGAGAGAGAGAGAGAAAUUAAUAUAAAAACAAAAAAACUCUAUUGGUCGAAUAACGAAAAGGACAUUGUAUUUGUGAAGCGUAACGUUGAAUUGAGUUAUUCGUUUUCUCUUUUUCUAUGAAACGAACUUUAGUCAACUAUUUGAAUCGACGCGUGAAUAGCAAUAAUACUACGCAUGAAAAUUGCAAUAUUGUCGAUUGAUUAAAAAUGUGAAUGUGAAAACAGACACAAAAAAGAAAAAGAGUUUCUUUCUAUAAUAUCCACUUUCUUGUUUGCUUUAACUUUACUCAAAGUUAAUGCAUUAUGACCCUAUCACUAUAAAAUGUGGUAGUCAAACACAAAAAACACUAGUGUUGUACCUGCCAAAUAGUCGUGCAGGAGAAACACACGUUGUAUAUAUAAUAAUAUUAAAUAUUCCAUAAUGUGACAUGUGUAAAAUUAUCAAUAAAUGUAAAACACGAUAGGACAUGAAGUAUCUUUACCGCUUACUUUUUACAGUAUACCAAUUGGGAGAUUGUUAUUUACCUGUAGAUGAGAUAUAAACAAUAAGUAAUACUUUACAAAAUAUACAUGUGUUCAGAAAGUGA